AUCAAAUCAGAAAAGUAAAUAAAAUUAAAUAAAAUCAGAAAUGCAAAUAAAAUAAUAAAUCAGAAAUGCUAAAAACAAUGCAAGCCUCGAUGUUAAUUUGCACAUGAGGUAUUGAAGAAUAAUCGAAGGAUAGGAAAAGUACCGCCCUGAGACCAACAAACUAAUCCCCCGCUCCCUGCACUCCGACAUGCUGAAUAGCCGGAGCCCCCCUCAGUACAAGCAGCAAUCGCCGGGGGGCUCCGUCGGUUCCAUCGGUUCCGCCGGCUCCGUGAACUCAGUGAACUCCACCAGCUCCGCAUCCCACUUACUGGGUCACUACCAGUCCGCCUACGCCCAGCAAGGACACUCGCACGCCUGCUACCAACACCAGCUGCAACAGCAACACCAACAGCAGCAACAGCAACAGAAACUGCAGCAACAUCAUCACCACCACCACCAGCACCAUCACCACGGAGGACGCACCUCACUGACCCCCACCAUGAAGCGGGGCAAGAAGCAGUGGGGCACCAGGGAGAGGUCCGGCAUGAGUUUCCUCAUCGUUAUCACAUUCUUCGCCGUCUUUGGAUUAAUCAUUCUGACAGAGGUCUUCAUGAUCGACGAGCGGACCCACAGCGGCAUGUUGGCGAUGCGGGCGGGCGGCGGCGGAGGGGCCAGUCUGGGCGGACGGAUGGGCGACUCGAUGCCGGAUUAUGAUAAUGUUAAGGACGAUUACGAUCUAUUGGAUGCCAGCAUUCUGAGUGAUAAUAAAUUAGGAUUUAUACAGCUGCGGGACAAUAAACUGAAAAUUCAAGAAGCCGCAGGCGCCGAUGGCCAGCGUUUGGCAGGAAUGCUCCUUAAUGGCGGCGGUGGUGGAGGCGGAGGUGGAGGCGGUGGAGCAGGGGCCUUUGGUGUGAAUGUACCACUAAUACCCUGGGGCCAGGUGCUGCCCGGCAAGGUGGAGGAGACGCUGCCCCACUUCCCAUUUGGCACGAGGCCCACCGACGGCGCCUGGCAGGUUGUCAACGGCACCCGCUUCAAGUUCUUUGUCUACUCCGCCUACUUCGAUCGGCGCGAGGGAGCGCGUCUGGUGCGAGUGGUGGGCGCCACAAAGACCCGGGGACCGGAGCGGGUCUGGUGUCGCUUCUGGUACGGACCCAGUCCGUCCAACGUCACGGAUACGGCAAGCUCCUCCUCCUCCGCCCACUCGACACGUGCCAAAUACUCCUCCGCCACGGUGAUGGCUCGCGUCAAGGUGAUCGCUGAGAACUGGAAUCUGAAAUACAGCGCCUGUUUUAUCCUGUGUCCGGUGCGCACUCCUCCCCUGGCCGUUCCCCAUUUUGUCAGCGUAGUGUCCCGCCUGCGGGCUCCGCCGGGCAAUCUGCUGACCCUACGCAAUACCGACCAGGAUGCGGACUUUACUGCCAGUCCGGUGAACAAUGCGAGUAGCAGGAAAGGAUCGCCGGUGGGCAGGGCUCCGCCAAGUGGCGAUAAUAUACCCGAUCGCAUUGCCGUCUGCGUGAAGCCCCUGCACUUCAACUACGAUCAGGCGCUCUAUCUGAUGGAGUACCUGGAGUUCUACGCCCUGCUGGGCGUCUCCCACUUCACCUUCUACAACCACACGCUGGGACCACAUGCCUCCUGCGUCCUGCAGAGCUACCAGCAGGGCCUGGUGCCCGGCAAUCUCACGGCCCACGAUUUGGAACCGCUACUGCCGGCGGAGGCGGCUAGCAAUGCCACGCCCCGCGUUCUGAAAUCGACCCACUACCAACGACCCACUGUCAGCAUCCUGCCGUGGAACCUGCGCAUGCGCAGCCAGAAGGAGAUCCGCACCGAGGGACUCUUUGCGGCCUUGAACGACUGCCUCUACCGCACCAUGUAUCGCUACAAGUAUCUGGCCCUGGUCGAUCUGGACGAGUUCAUUGUGCCGCGAUACUCGGACACACUAAACGAGCUUAUUGGUUCCCUGAAUCAGCGCUUUCGCAAUCGCAACACGGGAGCCUAUUCCUUCCAGAACGCCUUCUACUACCUUCAGUUUGCGGAUGAUAGCCUGGCCAGUUCGGGAAUAGAAGGUGGCAAUGACCAGUUGGCCAGUGUGCGGGCUUCGUUGGUCACCCAACGCAAGACACGCAGGCGCUAUAAACUACACCCUCAGAAGCAGCGAUCCAAGUACAUUUGCAAACCGGAGGCUGUUGUCGAGGCGGGCAAUCACUUCGUGUGGGAAUUUGCGCCGGGCAAAGGAUCCCUCAAUGUUCCGCCAAAGGAGGCCAUUUUACAACACUAUCGGGUGUGUGAAUUUGGUGGCAACGACUGUAUCAAAGCUCCAUCGAUAGUGGAUCGUACUACCACAAAAUAUGUGAAUCGCCUGGUUCAGCGGGUGGAUGCCGUGUACCGACAUCUUCGCCAGCGAUGCGAUCUUCCGGCUCUGCCUCCGCUACCCAAGAUCAAGGAGAAGCCCCAGGAAAAAGCCAAGGAGAUGAGCAAGGAAAAGCCGAAGGAAAAGCCCAAGGAUAAUCUUAAGGAGAAAACCCAGGAUAAUCAUAACGAAAAGCCCAAAUUGCUGCAGCAGAUGCGUGAAACGCAUGCGAAGGACACUCGGGGUGUCGGGGUGCAGGGUGUCACAACGAAGGCUAACUUAAUUAAAGUAGUGGCUGCCACAGGAGCCACAAAAACGACAACAACGAAAAGAGCGGCAACGAAGCAGAAGCAGCAGCAGAAACCCACUCCACCAGUCACCACGCCCAUGAUCACCACGGCCAGGACCUCAUCAGCAUCGAGGCAAUUGCAUCCAUUGGCCAAUGUCCGCAAGAAACGGAAGCUGAUCGUAUUCGAACUCAAUGAUUUCGGGAUACCUGUGGCCCGGGUGGAGUAUCAAUGAGAUUGGGACUUGGUUGGCAACAUUUAGACAGCGCUUUGGUUCAUUUAUGUGCCAAUUAGUUUGAGGAUUCAUUUUGGUUGUGUUCGUUCCGUGCCGUUGAUUAACUUCAUUUGGCCAUUGUCAGAAUGCUCAACAAAUGAACUGACCUUUUCGGUUUAAGUACAUUUGUUUAUUUGCUCACCCUAGAAAUAAAACAGCGCACACAAUUAAGUAAAUCCAAAGCAAUACCACAAGAUGUAAGCAAGUAAGAUCUCAAAGCAACGAUAUUAGCAAAAAUCCAGUAUAAAAUACAUAUUUGGUUUGUCUUUCCAACAAUUAAAUUAUCUUUUUCUGAUAUUUAUUUUGGCGACCUUACUACAUAUAAAACUAAACACAUAAUAAAAUACUGAGUGAAUAUUUUACAGUUCUCUACAUUUUAUAGUUACCAAAAAAAUGAAAGUCGCAUAUAUUAUUUAGCUAUUUGUUUUCCAAAUGCACAAAAAAUACUCAAACAAUGCUAGAUAGAAGCAACUAAAAAAUUAUAAUCACUAAACACAUUUUUGUUUUUAUUUUUUUUUUUUGGAAAAUGUUUUCCCGAUUUUGGUAAUCCUAAUGCAAAAUUAUUCCUACGCAAAAUUCAGAAAAAUUCCUAAGGCGAAAUUCAUGUGUAAUCUAAGCCAUUGUUUCGUGUUGUAGACUAAGCAAUAAAAUAUGAAAAAACGAAAGUAAAGCAAAGGCAUACAGAUAAUAAACAGGUAUACUGCUAUUUUCCCUGUGAACUGUUAGUGCAACAUUACCAUUUAGUAAGGGAAAAAGUCCUCCGAGUUACGCGCUUAGACUCUGAAUUAGUGGAUUAAUGAGAGCUUAGGACAUAUCUGCUAGUCCUCAGGCUUGUGCCGGCAGCAAAUUUAUAACUCAAAAUAAUACGUUAAGGCUUACUACAAAACUGAAACGAAUUUUUAAUGCUUCAAAAUUAAUGUACUUUUUGUUUGGCUUAGAGCGCAAAAAGUAUAAAAUAGUAGUUAAGUAAAUAACAUAUAUAAUAAAUAAUUAAUAGUCGGUCUAUAGCUAUUAAGUGGCUAUUUCAGAUACUUAAGAGGUCUAUUAAAAUACAAGAAGUCAAUAAAAUUGCAAAUGAGCAAUGAUAAAAA